AUGGUGGGGUGUGGCACCUCUUCUACCGUUUUCCAUGUCGUAGUCGGUGACAUCCGAGUGAUUGAACAACAGCAACGGGUGCUGGAAGUUAUCCAGUACCCACUGUUUAGGUUUGCUGUUUUGUACAUAUUGGAGAAAGUCCAAGUACGCUUUAUCGGUACACCAGAACUGGUGGUACAGGGAAUGGAUCUGGCAGACUUCACGCAAGCGGCGGUUCUUCAAGAUGGAGGUGGUCUGGAUAGUAUGGCCAUUGACGGUUUGUAGGGGCGGCUGCUGGCAUUCGUCCCCAGCAAUGAUGACAAGGGGUCUGUGGACGCCUUGUCAAUGAUGAUGGCAUCGUACUUCCUGAUCACAUAGUUGACCACAUACUGUUGAUCUGCCGCAACAGGGAUGUUAAAAAGGGCAUGGAUAGUGUCGAUCUGCAGAUGAGGGUAGAAUUCCUUCCUAUAGUUGGUGGCAAGAAGACCCAGGGGACAGCAGACUGUGACAGAAUAUUAUUGUUCGAUUAA